CUGGACCUGAGCAAUUGUGGCAGAGUGAGAGAUUGUAUUACUGAGUUACUGUAGUAAACCAAACUACACAGCACAUUUGACAAGAGACAGACCUUAUCAAUGGGAAACUACAAAUCAAGACCCUCUCAGACGUGUACAGAUGAAUGGAAGAAGAAGGUUGGCGAGUCGUACUCUGUCAUCAUCGAGAAGUUGGAAGACGACCUCCAGCUCAAAGAGAGUGAGCUUGUAGAUCUCAGACUGGCUUUCAGCUCUGAUGAGGCGUUUCAGAAGGUGAACUUGAGCUACCGGACAGAGAAGGGGCUGUCGCUGCUACACCUCUGCUGCGUGUGUGGAGGUAACAAGGACCAUAUCCGCACUCUGAUUCAUAGAGGCCUACGUCCCUCCAGACUGUCCAGGAAUGGCUUCACCGCACUUCACCUGGCUGCUUACAAGGACGAUGCUGAGUUGGUGACUGCUCUCCUCCACGGAGGUUCAGAUGUGCAGCAGCUGGGUUACGGCGCCCUCACUGCCCUGCAUGUGGCCACGCUGGCUGGGCACCAUGAAGCAGCAGAUAUCCUCCUGCAGCAUGGAGCUCAUGUGAAUGUUCAGGAUGCUGUGUUCUUCACCCCCUUGCACAUAGCAUCUUACAACGGAAAUGAGCAGUUGGCAAAGCUGCUGCUGAAGUUCAAUACAGAUGUGAAUGCGAGCGGUGAGGUGGGGGACCGACCUCUGCACCUCGCUGCAGCUCGAGGUUUCCUUGGAAUCAUCAAGCUGCUGUUGGCUGACGGCACCAAAGUUAAUGUCAAUGCCACUGACAAUGAAGACCAUGUUCCUCUGCACUUCUGUGCCCGCUUCGGUCACCAUGAGAUCAUCCGCUUCCUCCUCCAGGGCAACUUUGGUGUUCAGCCUCACUCUGUCAACAUCUAUGGAGACACGCCAUUACACCUGGCCUGCUAUAAUGGGAAGUUUGAGGCAGUGAAGGAGAUUAUGCAGCUUUCUGGCACAGAGAGUUUGUCAAAGGAGAAUAUAUUCAGUGAGACAGCUCUGCACAGCGCAUGCACGUAUGGUAAAGACCUGGAGAUGGUCAAGUUCUUAUUAAGUCACAACGCCAUGACCAUCAACUGUCAGGGCAGAGACGGACACACAGCUCUACACAGUGCAUGUUAUCACGGACACAUCCGUCUGGUGCAGUUCCUCCUGGACAGCGGAGCAGACAUGAACCUGGUGGCCUGCGACCCGAGCAGGUCCAGUGGGGAGAAGGACGAGCAGACGUGUCUGAUGUGGGCUUAUGAAAAAGGCCAUGAUGCCAUCGUCACCUUACUGAAACACUACAAACGUCCAGACGACUCCCCCUGCAAUGAAUACUCCCAGCCAGGAGGGGAUGGCUCCUAUGUUUCUGUCCCGUCUCCUCUGGGGAAGAUCAAAAGCAUGACUAAAGAGAAAGCAGAAGUUCUCCUGCUCAGAGCCAGCCUCCCCUCUCACUUCCACCUUCAGCUGUCUGAAUUGGAGUUUAAUGAAAUCAUUGGAUCAGGCUCCUUUGGAAGAGUCUACAAAGGCAAAUGCCGAAACAAGAUUGUUGCCAUCAAACGCUAUCGAGCCAAUACGUACUGCUCAAAGUCAGAUGUGGACAUGUUCUGCAGAGAGGUGUCCAUCCUCUGUCGACUCAAUCAUCCCUGUAUCAUCCAGUUUGUGGGGGCGUGUUUGGACGACCCCAGUCAGUUUGCCAUUGUGACCCAGUACGUCUCUGGAGGCUCGCUGUUCUCUCUGCUGCACGAGCAGAAGAGGCUGAUCGACCUGCAGUCCAAGCUCAUCAUCGCCAUCGACGUGGCCAAGGGCAUGGAGUACCUGCACAACCUCACCCAGCCCAUCAUCCACCGGGACCUCAACAGCCAUAAUAUCCUGCUGUAUGAGGAUGGACAUGCUGUGGUGGCAGAUUUUGGAGAAUCUCGAUUCCUUCAGUCUGUGGAUGAGGACAACAUGACCAAGCAGCCAGGGAAUCUGCGUUGGAUGGCUCCUGAAGUGUUCACACAGUGUACUCGCUACUCAGUGAAGGCCGACAUGUUCAGCUACGCCCUCUGUCUGUGGGAGCUGCUCACUGGAGAAAUUCCCUUUGCUCAUUUAAAACCUGCGGCUGCAGCAGCAGACAUGGCAUACCAUCACGUCCGCCCUCCAAUUGGCUACUCCAUCCCCAAACCUAUCUCUGCACUCCUGAUGAGAGGCUGGUACGCCUGCCCAGAGGACAGGCCUGAAUUCUCAGAGGUGGUUUCUAAUCUGGAGGAAUGCUUGUGCAAUGUUGAGCUGAUGUCUCCUGCCUCCAGUAACAGCAGCGGCUCCCUGUCCCCCUCCUCCUCCACUGACUGUCUGCUUGGACGAGGAGGACCCGGCCGGAGCCACGUGGCUGCCUUGCGCUCUCGCUUUGAGCUUGAGUACGCUCUCAACACUCGAGCCUAUGCUUUCUGGUCUCAGAGGUACGAGGGAGCAAGCACCUCAACAGACAGUGAGCGUCGUCGAGCAUCCGGAGGGCUUUCACUGGAGGAGCUAAGACGGAACAUGCAGUUUUCUCCCAUCGAUCGAAAUGGGUAUGUGUCUGAUCCCAUGAGCACCAUGAGAUUCUGCUCUUCUUUCAGCAGCAGCGGCAGCUUCGAGGACAGCAACUAAACCUGAGAGGAGCAAGUAUUAUUAUGUAAUCCACAAAACCAUGUCUGCUUUUGAUAUUUACUUUCAGUUCAACUGUAAUAAUAGUGGUUGAUAUGAUAUGUAUUGAUAACUAGACCUAAUUUCAUUGCACAUUUAUGCAUAUGGAUGAGUUUUUUAGGUACUCAGAGCACACUUUUGGUCCCUAUUACAUUUCCUUUUGUUUGUACGGUGUGUUUCAUAUUCAUGUAAACUAUGUUAAUAUUUCACUGAAGAUUUGAGAUCUUGUAAAUAUGGUUUGUGUGACUUUGUUUUUCAUGUUUUCUGUAAAUCUUACAAAGAAGCUUUAGGAAUUCAAAUGUGUGUUUUAUUAUUUUUAAGUGUCAACAUGCUUUCAUUCAAGGUUCAAGAGAAAAGCAGCAAGUCCAUUUUCAUGUAAUUUUAAAGUUUUAUUAUAUUCAUUGGCUAAAAUCACACAAGUAAUGAGUCGUCUCAAAUGGAGCAAUAAAGCCUCACAAACCCAAAACAGCAAUUACAAAAAUGAUGAGAAAUAUUAAAAACAAACCAUUUUUAAUCAGGAGGUAGAGUAAGCAGCAAUAAACUUUGAUAUUCACAGUUUUUCAAACAGCUGAUUAGGAGCCUAAAAUGACUGAAUAAUUCAUGUUAACUUUUAACUAUAUUUUGGGGAUUUAUAAACAUAUUGUCACAUUUAGGCAUUAAAACACCAGCACUGUCAUUAACACAGACAUUACUCUCGUAACAGCUAAGGCACUAGAACAUCCUGUUUGUCUAAAGUCAGUGGAAACACAAAGUGUGCCAACUAAGCUGUGGGAGUCGGACAACUAUGAAUUAUUUAAUUAUUUGUGAGCGUGAGUGGAGCAGGUAUCUGUUUACAUGUAAUAGAUGAUAGCGGCUGCAUUUGAUACCUCAGAAACUAUGAGAAACCUCUCUGUGAGCAACAAAAGGAAGAGAUGGUCUAUUGUAAACAUUUGAUGCAGCAUUUAAAACUCAUAAUGAGGCUUCUUCUUCAUGGUGAUUGAAGGGUGAAGGUUAUUCAUGAGGUCACUGUGAUGUAAACACAGAAACAAAAAAAGACAU